AGGCUUGAAGAUGCAGUGGACCCCCGAGCACAGCCAGUGGGCCGAACAGCAUUUCGACAUCUCCUCUACCACCCGCUCCCCAGCCCACAAGGCUGAGGCCUACAGGGCGGUGUCAGGCCAUCUGCAACGGUCCGCCACCUACCAGUACGCCUGGGCCAACGACGACAUUUCUGCCCUCACCGCCUCCAACCUGCUCAAGAAGUAUGCUGAAAAGUACUCUGGGAUCCUUGAGAUGCCCGCCUCUUACUCUGAGGUGCCUGGGGUCCCUGGGGUGAUGAAUGGCCGGAAAGGCGAGUCAGAGCCCUGGCAAGAUGGCGUCUACCCCAUGAGCUGUAUCCCAGAGGGAGUUUCUGUCAGAAAGGGAGGUGUUGCCGCUGCGUCUGAAGUGGUCUCUGGGAUCUGCAGCUCCCCAGGCCUGGCUUCCAGCACCCUCAGCGAGCCCAGCUACUCCAGCAGCAGCUGUGGGAGCCACUCAGCCACGGCUCUCCACUCCUCCUCCAUGACGUCUCAGGAAUACGGCGCCACGUACAGCGGCUCCUACCUGCACAGUAGUUACAGCUCCCAGUCCGCCCCCGCCGCUGCCCUUCCCUCCCCACUGCACAACUCUGGGCUUUUACAGCCCCCUCCACCUCCUUCCCACCCCACCAUUGUUCCAGCUUACAAUGGAGGCUCCCCCAACUUGUCUAGUUAUAAUUACCCCCCAGCUGGCUACCCAGCUCAGAGCCCAGUUGGACCGGGAUACAGCCCUGGAGGAGCACCCCCUCCUUCCUCGUACCUCCCCUCAGGCAUCGCCGCCCCUACUCCUCUCCCCCCUUCUUCUGCUUUACCUGGAUACCCAUACCAGAGCCACAAUCUGACCCCAAUUGCCCCCACUCCCCUCAACAGCAGUUCCUCCAAUACGUUGAAAAGGAAGGCCUUCUAUAUGACAGGCCAAGGAGAGAUGGACACGUCUUACGGGAAUUUUGGGUAUCCCCAGGCACGGAGCUCAACAGAGAGUCCCAUGUACAGGGUGGCAGACAGCAGCAGUGCAAACGGGGGCUCUAACAGUGGGGGCGGGGGUGGCUUCGACAGGAAUCCGGAGAAGUCAUCCCUACCAUUUAAUCCUCAGAAACAGUCUGCAAUGCCAUCAGAGCAGCAGCAGAGAAAGUACGGCAGCCAGGCAACAGGUGGGCCACUUACCCCACCAGCCUACGUCUCCUCAAGCCUGGGGGGCUCACGGUCAGCAGACUCUCUUGCCAGCUUCACCUCCCCCUCCCUUAGUGAGCAAGGUGCUGAUGAUCACCGCCUCCACCUUUCCCACUCAGCACCAGGGCCUACCUCCGCCUCCUCUUCCGCUUCAUCCCGCCCUGCCGAGGAGCAAUUAAAAACCUGCGACCCUCAUCUCCUGGACCUUGUGACCUCAGAAAUCAUUCAGCAGGGCCCUCCUGUGGACUGGAGUGACAUCGCAGGUCUAGAACUGGCCAAAGUUAUGUUGAAGGAGGAGGUCCUGUGGCCCAUUCUUCGUCCAGACAUGUUCAGUAGUUUAGGGCCGGCACCUCGCUGCAUGUUGCUGUUUGGCCCGAGGGGCAGCGGCAGGACGUUGCUAGGCCGCUGCCUUGCCAGUCAGCUGGGAGCGACAUUUCUGCAGCUCAGCGGCUCUACUCUGGCCACCAAGUGGCUGGCGGAUGGAGAGGAAAUUAUCCGUGCGUCAUUCCUGGUGGCCCGUUGCCGACAGCCAUCGGUGCUCUUCAUUAGCGAGGUGGACAUGCUCCUGUCAGCUCACGUCAGUGAAGAGAGUCCAAUCACCCGACUGAAGGGGGAACUACUCACCCAGCUGGACUCUCUCCUUAUGAGCUCAGGUGAAGACGGAGGCAACCAAGUCCUAGUCAUUUGCUCCACAAGCAGACCUCAAGAUAUGGAUGAAGGCCUCCGGAGGUACUUUACUCGGAGGGUACUAGUGCCCCUACCGGACAGCGCAGCCCGACACCAGAUUAUGAACCAGGUUCUGGCCCAAUCCCAGCACAAGUUCUGCUUAAGCGAGGAGGAGCUGGCACUGCUGGUGCAGCACACCGAGGGUUUCUCUGGACUGGACUUGGCCAGACUCUGCCAGGAGGCCCUUGUAGGUCUCUUACAUGUCUCAGCACAAGGCAUGGACAUGACGGGCAUGAUGCCCCGGGGGCAGAUCAGGCCCCUCACCUACCAGGACAUUGAAGGUGUCUGUUGUAAAUUCCAAGCAAGUAUAUCGCAGAAAGAGAUUGACACUUACACCGAAUGGAACAAAAUGUUCGGCUGCAGCCAGUGAGCAAAAUAGGCACUGCCCUUGAGAAAAAGAGGCUUCCACAAUUCCUCCCCUCAGGGCUUAAGCGUUGUGCUAGAGGGAAAAGCCGACAGAAGGCCGACGCGAGCCCGCUGUGUCCUCACAGAGACCUGGUUUGAUUCAACAACAAGCAGUUCUGCUGUUAAUGAGACAAUUUUCAAUCCAAACGCUUGACAAGCCAGGCGCCGUUUACACAUUUCAAACAAGUCAGCUUUGUGUGAGACGCCCUGGUGUCCGUGUACAUAUAUUGUAUGUCGUUGUUUCUUCAGAUUUAGUUGGCUUUCCAAGUGCCUGAAGUGGUGCUUUCUGAGUUCUCUUAAUUUGCCUCACAAUCGAAAUUCAUGGCAUGAGCUGAUGAUUAUUAGAGCUUUAAGCCUUCAGCAGAGAGUCUGGAAAACAGAUUGACAGUUAGCGGCGGGGGUGGUUAUUCAUCCUUUAUAGUCUUUUGUUGCGGCAAUCCAUUUCGGUGGCGGACGUCUGGGCCCUACGUCGCGUGUCUGCAAAACAAACAAACAUAAGAAACAAGCAAAUAACACUCAGGAAAGCAUUUGUAAAUUGUACAGUACCUCUGGAAAUCUCGACAAAAAGCACUAAGAUUUGAGAAGAGAAUCUUUCACAUUUAGAUGGACCUCAAGGGGCUGGGAUAAAAAUCACAAAGUGGUGACAAUGAAUGUAUUAGAUGUGUUCUGAUUGGUGGAACAUGAUCUACAUUGAGAGUAAAGCAUUGCGUCUUUAUUUUCCCAUCAGAGCAGUCUCUUUAGUUGCCUGCAUCUUCUUGACCAAUCCUGAAAUGUAUUUCCUUCGUUCUCCAAACACUGUUCUGCUGCCUAGCUGAGUUUGAGACUUUAAAAACAGGCAGGUGUGUUGAGGCUGGUAGAUGUUGUAGAUCACCAUUGUUCAUAUAACACACUCUAGGCUGUUUGAUCAUGCUGCUUGGAAGCUCCAUCAGUUUAUCAGGCAUUUAUUUAUUUCUUUGUUUUGUUUUUGUCAUUCUACUUGUAAGAUUGUAGAAAAGCAUUACGAAAAAUUUCAAUUAGAAAAUAUACGUGUUAGCUUAAUGGCUAACUACAGCCAUAUACUGUAUGACAUCUUAUCUCCCAAUUUUUAGUAUAAAAUUAAUUCCACAAUCUUUCUAAAGUAUAUGAACUUUUUCACAAUUUGUCACAUUGUAAUAAAUACUUUUGACCAAAAAACACCCCAAAAAACUGAAAAGUAUGGCGUGCAUUUGUAUUUCACAACUCUUUAGGUGACUUUUGAAGGUUGAUUUUAUUGUGGAAUCAUUAAAGAGUUUUCCAAUACAUCAUUAAACCCAUUUAAUCUCAUUGUAAGUGCAGCUGUUCUGUGAAACACAGUGGUGGCAGUAUCAUGCUGUAGAGAGCCAGGUCUUCAGGAGGGACAGGGAAACUACCCUGAUCUGAUAGAGAAUGGAUGUAGCAUGUUUACAUGCAAAGAGAUACCAUUCAAAGCGUGGGGAAGAUAUAAAUGCACGCUGCACUUUUUAGAAUUUUACAUGUAAAACAUUUGAAAACAUUUUUCCACCCAUCUCCCAUUUAUGUGCUAUUCUUUGUCAGUCUAUUUCAGUGAAAUACGUUACACAACAAACUUUGAUGAGUUCUAUAAUUGAGCUUUUUUUUUUUCGCAAGACACUGUUCAUGUCUUAAAGUGGAAAGUUACUAUCAUUACAAUAUCAAAAAUGACUCCCUGUAUGGGUUUUUGACCUCAUUUGUUAUCAUCCAUGAAGUUGAGGUUUGGCAGCUGAUUCGCUGUCUCUAAUCUUUUCUCUGGAAAUGUUACUGAAUUUUAAAGCAGUAACGUUAAAACACCUGCUCAUUUAUGCCCAUAAAAAGGUCAACUAAAUUGCAUUAGCUGGUUAGGUUGACUUGUUUUGUCAUGGGUAAAUAAUUUUUAAACAAUACCAACAGUAGAAAAAGGAGUACAGUGAGGAAACAAAAGUUGUCCAUAAGUUUGGCUUUCUGUUCUUAAACUAAAACAGGAUUAUUUUCAUGUAGGACUGUAAGAAAACCAUAAUGUGGGUCUGUUUGAAGUUCCAAUAUGCCAUUAAAUCCAUUUUGACCAAGUCUUAUGGAAGAUUAUUUAGGUUGUAUGUAUAAUAAACAAUCUUAUACCCACAAAUAUUUGACCACCACAAAUAAAUUACCCCGGUUUUUAAGUUACUGUCUUCCUAAAAUUGUUCAUACCUCUUGAGCUUUUUUCAUGUGAUGGAACAACACAAAAGUAGUGCAACUAGUACUUGUGAAGUGGAAGAAAAUGUCCAUGUUUCCAGAAUGUUUUUACAAACAAGCAUCUGAAAAGCGACAGUCCUGAUUACGUCAGUUUGGCGCUUUAUGACAUCCUUACGAAGUUAUUUGGGAGACAAUUCAAACAGGUAAACUGGUCAUCUUGUUGUAUUAGAUGGAAAUUCACCUAUUUGGUUCGCAUGCAAAGCAUUAAAUGGGAUCCAAAACUAAACCCGCCAUACAAACAGUGAAACAUGGGGGUGGCAGCAUCAUUUUGUGGGAAUGGUUUCCAUUCAUGUUUGAGAAUCUGUGGCUACAAUAAAAGGACUUAAAGCUUUUUCAUACAUUGACUCACAAGAGGCUGAUUUCAACUGUAUGUCACACUUUUUAGAUUUAUAUUUACAAAAAAAAAUGUAAAUACAUCUAGACUUACAAUUCCCAACUUUGCACUACUUUGUGUUGGUCCAUCACAUACAAUCCCAACAAAAAACACCGAAAUUUGACUAAAUGUGAGGAAGUUCAAGCAACACGCUGCCACUUUUUUCUUUCUGCAUAGCUGCAUUGUCAGUUGGAUUUGUUCAUAUUUUUCAGAUGAAGACAAAGAGAAACUAGCACAAAUCUUCAAGGUCCUUUACGACAGUGAGUCCUCCGUUAUUCACUGUAUUCCGUUAGGAGUGUGUGUCCUCUCCUUGCCAACUCCACUGGGAGACCGUAUUUUUGUGUGCAGUUAUCCUGACGUCAUUUUUCCUUUUUUUUUAAGUUUAACCAAACAUUUACUGAAUCGCCGUUAUCUGUAGUGUAUGAUCGGCCCCGCUUUCACAAGCACCGCCGGUGCAGCACCUGACGUAGAGGGUAGGAGAGUUCUGCUGAGCAUCAGCAAAACCAACGGCGAGGAAAGAGAUAGGCAGGCGGUGUGGCAGCAGCACAAGGGGGAAAGCAAAGUAGUCCGUCAGAAAAACCACCCUCAAAACAAUCUGUGCGAGAAUUCCUUCUGUCAGCAAAUCCUCUGGAGAAAGAGUCUCUUUGGACAGGAAAAAAAAACCCACUAAUGCACUUCAGAGCGCACAACAGCAGCGCAGGCGUUCCCUUUCUCCCCUUGUUCUCUACAGCAGACCAACAAACGACUUGAAACGCGGCGGUCAAUGCUACGCUUCGCUUCUAACACGCGCUGUGAUCCUUCUCGCAUUUAGUCUUAUUUUCCCUCCACGCCGUGCAAACCUAGGUUGUUGUGUGUGUGUUUUUUUCUCCUCCUGCCUUUUAAAUUGUUACUUUAAGCGUUUCUACCUCAUAGCUGCAGAACACUUGUGCUUUUUGAUCUGCGUGUUUCCAAACGUCGACAUUUCAGAGAAAACGACAAAAAAAACAAAAAACAGACGGAGAACAGGAGAGAGUACCACCGUAAAGUUUGCGCAGUCUACCUCAGAUGACUGUACUUAAAAAAAAACAUUUAGCUGAUGGUGCAACCGCAGGCUGCAGCAUAGCCUAGACUGUACGCGCGCGUAUGUGUGUCACCGUUUGUCCCAUCCGAGCUAUUUGCAGCACACACACACACACACACACACACACACACGCUCUCAAGACGAUGCAGACGUGAAAAAAAAUAUUGAAAAAAUAACCUCGCAAGCAAUUUGUGAGGAGUUGGGGGUCAACUUAAAGGUGACCUGGAAAUGUAUAAUCCAAUACAUUUGCUUUAAUCCUUUGUGAACUACUGUGGUUGUGCGCGUGUGAAUGUGUAUAUACGUAGGCACACUCCUUUUUUAAAAAAUUUUCAUUUAGUGUGUGGAAUUUUAUAAAUCGUUAGUAUAUAUAACACACUUGCACAACUUUAAAACAGAGUGUAACGUGUUUCUGUUGUACAUACCUAUACAUACAAUACAAAUGCACCACUUGUUUAUAUGUGUGAAUAUGUUGCCAUACUUGCAGUCAACUUAAAUGUAUUUUCAUGUAAUCUGAGGUACAAACAGCAACAAACGAUUCAUUAAAGACGUUUUCUUGGGA